CGAUGUCGUGCUGGGGAACGUAGCUUUCUUCUCUUUGUAAAUUAAGUUCAUAUCUCAGUGGUACUUUGUUAAGUCGUUCAUAAAGUAUAACAAUCCGUCAUAACUUGAAUGUCUGUGUCCGAUUAGAGCAUGGUACGGUUUCCACUAGAUUAUAACGUGAUUACAACCGUUGCCCUCGGCUGCUGUAAACAGACUUCCACCACGUAGAGAUCAUCUUUACAUUACGGAGACUAUCCCAGCGACAAUGGCGAUGAGGUCAAUGAAACUAGUUAAUGCGACGUGGUCGAAACUCGGUUUUGUCAGCCGAGGACGGAGGAGCUUGAGUCUGUUCUCCAACACAUCCUCUUCAUACUGGAGUAAAGUGGUCUCGGAUGCGGAGAAAAUCGUCGGCUAUCCCACCUCGUUUAUGAGUUUGCGCUGUUUGCUGAGUGAUGAACUCAGUAAUGUGGCCAUGCACGUCAGGAAGCUGGUUGGAACAAAACACCCUUUACUCAACACUGCAAGGGGCUUUGUCUACGACAGCAGGAACAACCUUCAAAUGAGGGGACUGGUUGUUCUGCUCAUGUCAAAAGCAGCGGGGCCCAGCCACAUGGAGGCCCAGCUCCUCGCUCAGGACAUGGUCAGUGGCAUCUACCCCAGCCAGAGGAACUUGGCAGAAAUCACGGAGCUGAUCCACACCGCCUUCCUGGUGCAUCGUGGGAUUGUGAACCUGAACGAAUGGACCAAUUCGGAUGGCCCUUUGAAAGACAUGGAGUUUGGCAAUAAGAUGGCUGUCCUGAGUGGUGACUUCCUGCUAGCAAACGCCUGUACCGGACUGGCUCAGCUAAACAAUACUAAGGUCGUUGAACUGAUCUCAAGUGCAAUCGGUGAUAUGGUACAGGGUAUCUACAGUGAAAACCCCGCCAAUCUCGAGGAAAAUAGCCUCGCUGACGGCGGCUUUAGCGUGGCUUCAUGGGAGGAGCAGACGUUCCUGUCCCACGGGGCAUUGCUGGCGAAGAGCUGUCAAGCCGCGAUGGAGCUUGCCAGACAUGACAAGGAGUCCCAAGGACUGGCCUACAAAUAUGGCAAACACCUAUCACUGGGCCACAAGCUGAACUCUGACCUGCAGCCAUUCGUGAAGAGCAGCGUGGGAGAGCCGGUUUCCUUCGGUUUAAACGCCGCCCCCGUGGUCUUCCAUCGGCAGAUUGUGGGGCAGGAGAAGUGGCGCCAGCAGCUGCAACAGGCAAAAACGUUGAGAAAUCAUGUGGAUUACUCGAAGCUGUGGGCGGUAAUCAAGUCGGAGAAAGGCGUGAGCGCCGCGGUGGACUUAUGCUGCUACCAUGGCAACAAGGCUCUGGAGGCCAUCCAGACUUUCCCCGCCUCAGAGGCACGCUCCGCCCUGGAGAACAUCGCCUGUGCCGUCACCAAAUUUUGACCCGGACUCGGGACUCCCUGUUUUCUGGAUGCGUUGGAGAUGUUGUGGCCACAGGACAUAGCCCACUAUAAAAAAAAAAAGAAGAAGAAAAGUUGAUGCUCAUCAACAAAAAACAGGAUAAUAAACAAACCUAGCAGUGGAUCUAAUCUAUAAAUCAGACUGUGCCACUCUGUUCUCAGUGACAAGUGACCGCAUCAGAACUGCGGUGGCGAUUAUCCGGAGAUGAUCCCAACUGAAGAAAAUAAAAGAAAUCUAUUUG